CCGAGUUCUCUGGGCUGGGAGAGCUGCCUGCCUGCCUGCCUGUCUGCUUGCUGGGGUGAGCGAUGGCGUCUCUCAGAGAACUCCCAGCUGGUGGGAAACCAAACAGCUGUGUGUAGAUCAGCCCAAGCGGGGCAGUGGCUGUAUGGUGUCAGACUGCCGUGUGGGCUAUGCUGCAGCAAUGCUGAUCCACAGCACAACACAACUACUGGGCCUUAGACAGAAGUUCAUAUAGUGGAGUAAAGAAGAUUUUUACUUAAAUAUAUGUAUGAUAGCUCACUAGCACCCAGGAGUCUCACACCCAAAGCAGGAGGGACGCUAUUGAUACUCGACCGCAUACCGGGGCUGUCGUUUGUUUGGUGAGCCAUCCCCGGCUGCCCCAUGCCUGCCAGAACAGCAGCCCUCUCUGAUGCCACCCCUCUUAGGGAGUGCUAAUUCAUGGAUGGACACAAAGACCACGAGGGAUGGCUACUUUUUUACACUGUCGUCCAGGGAGCUGCUCAUAUCAACACCUCUGAUAAAUGCUCUUCAAGUCUUCGGAAACUUUGGCUUCUCCAUACAAAUGUUGUGCUAAUCUCAGUUCAGUAAUGGGCAAGUCCGAGCUGUAGUCCACAUAUACAGUAGUGUGGAGUACUGAGUAGAAUGUGGUUCUUUAUUCCUGGAAGUAGCUGAGCCAGCUUAACUGGUAAACACAGAGCAUGAUGGGUGCCCAGAUACCUGCAUCAGGCCCGUUUGGAUUAUUUAGGCUAUCGGACGACAGUGACAGCAGUGAUGAAGAGCCGAGGCCAGAGGAACUGCUGGCCACCUCCUGGGAGGACCUGCCCAUCAUGGAGAGACUGGGUCUCAGCAGUUGUGACGAAAUGACAGAAGAAGAAGUUGAGAGCGCCUUCUUCCAGUUCGCCAUGGCGUUCCGCUGUGACCAGUACACCCUCCCCCAGAGACUCCAGGCAGAGGAGCAUGACCGUGCAGUGGCACAGGAGAACCUGCAGAUGGAGCUCAACCACACCAAAGACACCCUGCAGCUGCUGAAAGCCCGGUGUGUGGACAGUGAGGCGGUAGAAAUACUGGACAAAAUGGAGACCUCCUUGGACAAUCUGUGCAGAGCGAUGGAUGACAUCAUUACAGCUGCUGAGACGCUGGGGGCUGCUCACCAGGAGGCCCGCGUGAGCCAUGCAGUGGAACUGAUGUCGGUCCACGUGGACCAUCUGAAGCGACGACACACCCUGGAUAGCGCUGAGAUCCUGGAGGCCAGGAGGCUCCUGCAGAAAACCCGUGGGCGGCUACUGAGUGACAACACUGAUGACGGUGACGUGAGAAUUGUGAGACACUCAGCACAACUGCACUUUGCCCGUAGGAGAGUGAGCAUGACUCUCAUUCCAAAUCUGGCUCAGCUCAAAGAUCUUGAGACCAAGUUCUCAGAGGGGCUAAAGACCAGCGAGGACACUGGAAGCCCACAACCAGAAGGUGACAGCAGGGAAAAAGAUGGCCAACCCGAAUCUCCUGAAAGCUUUUUUCCUCCCCGACUUCGACGCAACCCUCUUCUAAGACAGGCAUCAACCCAGAGUCAGGACGAGGACUCAGAAUCCUCCGCAGUCCCCAGUCCCGUGCCCCCAGCACUGCGACUGCGUCGUAGAUCGGCCCUGGUCGAGCAGGAGGGGACGGAAAGCUCGGAGGAGAAUGAGGGAUCCAGGGAAACGAGUGAGCAGAGCCCCCCUGUCUCUGUUCCCCCCACCCCAGAGCAGCAUUGUCUGUAUUCUGUCCAACGUUCCCUGCCUCAGUGGGUCUCCACCAGUCGCUUUGUGAUCCACAUACUCACUCUGGGAGCCAUCUUCUGUGUGUUGUUCCUCUGGAUGUUACUCAUGAUACUGAUACAGCUGAGCUGAGCAACUUCCCUGCACUUUAAAACAACAUUGCAUAUCAGAUGAUAAUUCAUUUAUGGCAAACGGUGGUAAAUGACAUUAUGAACAGUGAACCAGGAAUAUAACACAGACCUACAGUAACAGUAAUAAUAAUGAUAUAACACAGAGAAUAGCAGCAAGUCAGCUUGUUAGUGCCGCCGUUUGUCUGGCUGCGUGCUGUGAGAGCACAUCACGGCACAGUCUGUGACAUACACUAACUAAAAGGCUUUUAUAAAAGGUUGUUAAGGAUGCCUUUUUCUGACAGGUCUUUGUAUGACAGGUGAUGGUUGUGAAAUGGGACAUAAGAUGUAGGGAGUUUAUAGGUUUUUAUUGGUCUGUCCCAAGAUAAACAGCUGUUAAAUUCAAUCAAUGAAAAGGUCAAAAAUUACAGGUUCAUAUACAUGUCAAUCAAUGGUUAAUAAUUAUGCAGUGUAGCCCAGGCAUAUCAAGACCUUUAGUUUUGUAUAGGAAUGUUACACCUUGAGUUCAUGUUAGGACAACAAUCAAAUGCACAUUAAUAAACAGGACGCCAUUCUCUGUUAAACAUCAGAAAACAAAAUAAAACACAGUUCUGGUCUUUGCAUUAUAUUAAAUAUAAUGAACUGUUGACCUGUUGACAUCUUUAUUUUCCACAGUGUGAUGAUGUACACUGUGCAAAUAUUACUGUGCUGUUUACACACAUUUUCAAAACUCUGACUAUUUUUCAAAACUCUACACACAGAAAAAACCUAGCCUGGAAAAAUCCAAACUCAUUCAUAAAGUGAAUAGGGUCUGUUGACUCAUGGUUGGGAUUCCUUUCCAACACCUGCAGUGGGCACUAACUUUGAAAUCAUUGGUCUCCUUACCAAUCAC